CUGAAUAACUCCUGAGACGYCACGCCCCACACAAUCAGUCCUUUCAGYACUCUACUGGAUCACAGCAAGGCUUCCAGAAUCAUCAGUGAAAGAUGAGUGAAAACUGGAACUCUGACCUCCUCAGCUGCUGUGAUGACAUGAAAUCUUGCUGCUAUGGUCUCUGGUGCUGCCCCUGUCUUGCCUGCACCGUGUCAGGACUUUUUGGACAGAACCGCUGUCUUCCACUGUGUGAUAUUUGCAGCCCUGCUGUGAUGUCUGCUUUUGGGAUACCUCUGUGUGUCCCCCCUGCAGGAUUAGCCCUGCGAGUCGGGAUUCGGCAGAAAUAUGAAAUUAAGGGUUCUCUUUGUAAGGACAUUGCCACGUCCUGCGUCUGUGUGUGGUGCUCCUGGUGCCAAUUGCAUCGGGAGUUGAAGUAUCGCAAGCACACCCCUGCUGUCGUGAACCAGCCUAAAAAAUGAAAAACUACAGAGGUUUUAUAAAGAUAGUGAUCGUCUUUAGUUUAACCAUGUCUAAAUAUAGCUUAACAGAAUUUGUUUUUAGCUUUGUUGUGGCUAUAAUAAGCAUUAGAUUUAAAUACAUAAAACAGUCUCGGGCUUUGAACAUCAGGAUUUGCUCGGCUCAGUUUAUGAGCCCUGUGUUAAAGUCUUAGCAAACUGAAUUUUUGGAUAAGUAAUUUAAUACUGAGAUGAAGAAUGAAGAAAAAAUGUUUACUUUUUAAUGGUGGUGCGUUCAUGUUUCUGUUUAUGAUUUAAAUGAAACUUUUUAAAUAUAUGUAAUUGACAUAAUAUUAAUAUGACAAAUGAAUGUUUUUAAAUGUGUGGUUUUUUAAUGCAUUUAAAUGAUAAUUCUAAUUUCAUUUCUUGGAGUAAUUAUUGACAUUAAAUAAUUAUUCCUGUCAAACAGCAACAAUCACAAUCUCCUGGUUUUAAUUCAGUUCAGUUCACAUUUAGAAAAAAAUUCCUGUGUAAUUUUAAGAUUCCCAAUAAACGGUUUCCUUCAUCUUGUUUAAUA